UAAAGGAUUUUUUCAUUUUAUACCUGAAGGCAUAGGACCUACUGAUCAUAUGAACUAAUGUCUGUGAACGCCUGUACGAUCAUUUAUGAUUUAUCGAGAUGAUAUAAAUGUGAAUCGGUCAAGGUCCGCGCUCCCAAUGCAACAGCCACGGCUGGAUUUUCAAGCUUCUGGUGGGAAACAUCUGCCGCAAGCAUUUGGAUGAAUUUCUAAUAUUUGUUUUUAAUUUAAUAUUGGCUGGUGAGAUGAUUGAGAUUGUCGGUGUUUGAGCAGCGUGGGAGCCUCACUGUGGGAAUGACAUGCUGCAGUAAAGACGGGAAACUGGAAAUAAUGGAUUAGACCACAAUGGAUUGAUGUGACUGCGACACUUUAAACGAAAAAAAAAAAUCUUUACAAUCUUCGCAUUGUGCUGAAAUCUUUAAUAUGACUCAUAAAACAGCUGACAUUAACCCAGAGAAGGACUGAGAACCGAUCUGAAGAGAGGACACCAUGUCGGCGGUGAUGAUAACCCGAAAGGUGCGAAAAUGGGAGAAGCUCCCGGGAAAAAACACUUUCUGUUGCGACGGACGGGUGAUGAUGGCCCGGCAGAAGGGAGUCUUCUACCUGACCCUGUUCCUCAUCGUCGGGACCUGCUCUCUCUUCUUUGCUUUCGAAUGUCCGUACCUGGCUGUCCAUCUGUCUCCUGCCAUCCCAGUUUUCGCUGCUCUGCUCUUCCUCUUUGUCAUUGCCAUGUUGCUGAGGACUAGCUUCAGUGACCCCGGGGUGCUGCCACGGGCUCUUCCAGAGGAAGCCACAUUCAUCGAGAUGGAAAUUGAGGCUGCCAAUGGGAACGUCCCCGCAGGGCAGCGACCACCACCUCGAAUCCGCAAUGUUCAGAUCAACAACCAGAUUGUCAAGCUCAAGUACUGCUACACAUGCAAGAUCUUCCGACCACCUCGAGCAUCUCACUGCAGCAUCUGUGACAACUGUGUUGAUCGUUUUGAUCACCACUGUCCAUGGGUAGGCAAUUGUGUGGGCAAGAGGAACUACCGAUACUUCUACAUGUUCACCCUGUCGCUCUCCCUGCUCACCAUUUAUAUCUUCACCUUUGACAUCAUUCACGUGGUGAUGCGUUCAGUAGACGAUGGCUUUUUGAACACUUUGAAGAUAACACCUGGAACUGUGCUGGAGGUGUUGGUGUGUUUCUUCACCCUGUGGUCCGUGGUGGGACUGACCGGCUUCCACACCUACCUGAUCUCUCUCAACCAGACCACCAAUGAGGAUAUUAAAGGAUCCUGGUCGGGAAAGAACAGAGUCCAGAACCCGUACAGCCACAAGAACAUCAUUAAAAACUGCUGCGAGGUGCUCUGUGGGCCUGCGUACCCGAGCGUCUUGGACCGAAGAGGACUGAUGCAGGAGGAUUCGGCUGUUUCUGCAACGUCUGCUGCACCCUCCUCCUUCAGCAGCAGCAACCCAGUGUCACAAACCACGAAAACCACAGCUCCACUCAUCCCUAAUGAGCACACACCUGAUGAUGCCAAGCCGAGCAUUGCCGCCUCAGCAGAGACGAUCCCCCCCCCCAAAGAGGAACUCACUCCUGCUCCAAAGGUCCCGCCCCUGGCUUCACCCGAGACUGAUGCAGAGGCAUCCAUCGUCAAGGACAAGGCCCAUUAGCUGCAUGAGGGGGUGGCUCUCGUCAUAGCCAUUUCCCCCUGCAUCCUGCCUGGUCAGGAACUGAAACAUUAAUAAUCAAUGUGUGAUUACUGUGCGGGAGACUCAGUUAUUCUCCGACGCCCGCCCUACAUUCCACCAGAAGAGGAGAGUUUCUGCGGCAGCUCCUCCUCUUCCCUCCUCUCCUCACCAGUAGCUGCAGAGCUGUUUGAUUGACACCUACUCCUGCAGCAGGGGGAGGGAUUUAAUGGAAAGUCAGCAGCUUCCUCGGUGUCCUGAACACUGCAUGGAAAAGACACGCAGGGGGAGAAGCUGCUGGAAGAACUGCAGAGAAAAAAAAAUUCUACACCGAUGAAUUCCCCACAGGUCACCUGUGGGUCGCUCUGAUUGUCAGUACUACUUUUGUUCUUUAUUUAAAAUGGCAUAAUGACAUUUAUUGUGAGAGGCCAGUUCAAAUAUACUCCUUGCAAGUGUCUGGCAAGGACAAUAUUACUUCUGGACAUGUAUAAAACUUCCUACAUAGUUUUCUGUUGUGUGCAUAUUACAUGCCCUAUGCAAACCAUGGAAAGGCUGGAGAAGCAGCUUUUAGAAGAGUGUGGACAGAAGGGUUAACACCUGGUGUCCAGGCAGGGGGAGGAUGUGCAAAUCCUUAGCAGAGAUAUCCUAAAGGCUCCUUCCAGAAAAGUCAAAAUCUACCUUGUAUUCUGAUAUUGCUGCAUCAGUACUGUUGUUACUUACGUGCAUCUUUUUUUUUUAUUUUUU